CUCGUUCUCGCUUUGAAACCUGACAGAAAAUUAACCUGGUUGAUUUUUGUAUGUUUAAUUUUAUUUUUGUUUCUAAAGAAGUGGACCUGAAUGUUUUACAGUAGCCGUUACUAACGGUUAACGGCUGCAGCCUCCUCUAACUGAUUUUUAACGGAGUAAUUUUCUUGUUGGAGUCGACCGUUUUAUUUCCGCCGUAAUCUGGAUCCGGAUUCACGUUCAUGAAGUGGAUUUUAUGGGCUUGUGAUUUUCAAAUCGCCCGAAGACACGUGGAAGUGUGAUCACGGACUUUGUUCAUCUUUAAUUUAUUUAAUUGCGUGUGUUCGCGCGUGCGCGUGCAUGUGUUACGUACUUCUUUCCCCGUUAACCGGUGAUUUUGGAGCUGACUUUAAUUUGGGUGACCGUUUGUCGGACCGUUGGUGUCCUCGAGCGUGGACGGUUAGCUGGGCUGGGCGUUAAUGAAAACCACGUGACGAGGAGAGCAGUUGCCGGCUGUGAGGUGUCCUGCAGUGCUGCGAGAAGAUGCCCUCUUGGAAGGAGGCUGCCGUGUUCUUGCUGGUUGUGCUGCCGCUGCUCGACGUGCGACCGAUUGACGGACGAACGUCUCAACACCACACACUGAAGCGUCAGAGACGAGGGCACCACGUGCACAGAGUACUCCAGAACAUCACGCUGGCUGUCAUCUUACCGCAGAGCAACACCGCUUACCCCUGGGCCUGGCCCCGCAUCGGCCCCGCUAUAGAGCGGGCCAUCAAAACCGUCAACACCAACUCCACCCUGCUGCCUGACCACCGUCUCACGUACGUCUUCAGGAACAGCGAAGACAAAAGCGGCACCUGCACUGAGUCGCGUGCGUCCGUCUUGGCUGUGGACCUCAAACUUGAAUACGACCCGUGGGCCUUCAUCGGGCCUGGCUGUUCCUACACCGCCUCCCCCGUUGGCUUCUUCACAAGCCACUGGGGGGUUCCCAUGGUUACGGCAGGUGCCCCAGCUGUGGCCUUUUACAACAAUUCAUACCCGUCCAUCACCAACAUGGGGCCCACGCACAUGAAGCUGGGGAAGUUCGCCCUGCGUAUCUGGGAGCACUUCGGGUGGCGUGAGCACUUGAUGCUGCUGUUCAGCGAUGAUAAGAUGGACGACCGACCGUAUUACUUUGCUGUUGAAGGUUUGUACAUGCAGCUGAAGGCCAACAACAUCACCCAUAUGGACAAAACCUUUGAAGAGAACAAGCCCAUCAACUACUCCGAAAUCCUCGACGAUGUUCAGAGCAACAGCCGAGUUGUGUUUGCCUGCUGCUCCCCAGACGUCUUCAGAAAGUUGAUGAUUCAGUUUCGCCGGGUGGACGUUUUCCAUGAGCAAUUCGUCUUCCUCUACAUCGACCUGUUCGGAGACAGCCUGCGGCACGGGCACAGGCAGCCGUGGUUCCGGGACGACAAGGACGAUGCCAUCGCCAAGGAGGCCUUCCAGAAUGUGAAGAUCCUGACCUACCAAGAGCCUCAAAAUCCAGAGUACAAAGAAUUUGUCCAAAACUUGAAGAACGAUGCUGAUGUGAUGUUCAGCUACACAAUAGAGGAUUCUUUGAUGAACAUAAUUGCUGCCGGUUUCUAUGACAGUGUGAUGUUUUAUGCUCACACUCUGAACGAGACCAUGACAGCAUUCGGCAGCCGUCCGCCGGGCCAAGCCGUCACCUGGCAGAUGUGGAAUCGAACCUUCCAGGGUGUUUCAGGACUGACCUACCUGGAUGAAAAUGGGGACAGAGAGAUAGACUUUGCUCUGUGGGACAUCACCAACACCGAAAACACCACCUACCAGGUAUGUUUCUCUCUCUGUCUCUGUCCAUCCUGCAGGAGGCUGAAGUUGGAGAAGGAGUUGGUUGCUCAGCUCUGGAGGAUUUCCUGGGACAACAUCCAGAUGAGCAACUUGGAUAAAGUCCUGCGCAGCGGCAGUAGACUCACUCUGUCCCUGAAGGGAUCGAACUACGGCUCGCUGAUGACUGGAGAAGGAAACCUGCAGGUUUUUGCCAAAACCGGAUACUACAAGGGAAACAUCGUGGCCAUCAAAUACACCAACAGGAAACGCAUCGAGCUGAACAGGAAGGUCCUGUUUGAACUCAAACACAUGAGAGACAUUCAGAACGAACACCUGACCAGGUUCAUCGGCGCGUGUGUCGACCCACCGAACAUCUGCAUCAUCACUGAGUACUGCUCGCGAGGAAGCCUGCAGGACAUUCUGGAGAAUGACAGCAUCACUCUGGACUGGAUGUUCAAGUAUUCUCUCAUUAACGACAUCGUCAAGGGCAUGCUGUUCCUCCACAACAGUGUCAUCGUCUCUCACGGCAAACUCAAGUCGUCUAACUGCGUGGUGGACAACCGCUUCGUGCUGAAGAUCACUGACUACGGUCUGUCCAGCUUCCAGUCGGAGAGCAGUGUGGGUCAAGACGCGCACGCCUACUACACCCAGAGGUUGUGGAUGGCACCUGAGCUGCUCCGGUUGGAGUCUCCACCUCCUCAGGGAACUCAGAAAGGAGAUGUCUACAGCUUUGGUAUCAUUCUCCAGGAGGUGGCGCUGCGCCGUGGAGCGUUCUACCUAGAUGGUGACCCACUGAGCCCAAAAGAGAUCGCGGACCGGGUGGUUCUGGGGGAGUGGCCCUGCCUGAGGCCGGCCAUCGACUUGCAGAUCCACAGUCCCGAGUUGGGUCAGCUGAUGCAGCGCUGCUGGGCUGAGGAGCCCACAGAGAGACCCGAGUUCAGCCACAUCCGGCUGCUGCUCCGCAAGCAGAACAAGGAGUCGAGGACCAACAUCCUGGACAACCUGCUGUCUCGGAUGGAGCAGUACGCCAACAACCUGGAGGAGCUGGUGGAGGAGAGAACUCAGGCGUACCAUGAGGAGAAACGCAAGGCCGAGGCACUGCUCUACCAGAUACUCCCACAUUCGGUGGCGGAGCAGCUGAAACGGGGUGAGACUGUUGAGGCAGAGGCCUUCGACUCCGUCACCAUCUACUUCAGUGACAUCGUGGGCUUCACCGCCAUAUCUGCAGAGAGCACGCCGCUGGAGGUGGUGACCCUGCUCAAUGACCUGUACACCUGCUUUGAUGCCAUCAUCGACAACUUUGACGUGUACAAGGUGGAGACAAUCGGCGACGCCUACAUGGUAGUGUCCGGGCUGCCCGUGAGGAAUGGGAAGCUGCACGGCAGGGAAAUCGCCCGCAUGGCCCUCGCCCUGCUGGACGCCGUCCAAACCUUCAAGAUCCGCCACAUCCCAGAACAGCAGCUCAAACUACGGAUUGGAAUCCAUAGUGGUCCUGUGUGCGCCGGCGUGGUCGGCCUGAAGAUGCCGCGGUACUGCCUGUUUGGUGACACGGUCAACACGUCAUCGCGUAUGGAGUCGACUGGAGUAGCACUGAAGAUUCACGUGUCGGCUGCGACUCGCGAUGUCCUGCAGGAGUUCAACUGCUUCCAGCUGGAGCUUCGAGGAGACAUCGACAUUAAGGGCAAAGGAAAGAUGACCACUUAUUGGCUGCUGGGAGAGAGUGACAGCCAAUGACAACGCACUGCGGACAGGGCGAUGGUGGGAAGGGAGGAGGAGACAAAGGAAAGCGAGAACACAAGGAGCUGAGGAGACAAAGGAAGGAGAGAAGAGAACGUGCUGAGGAGACAAGGAGACAAAGGAAAGCUUAUAAGUGAAAAUGGGGGAGGAUGACAUCCGGUUUCACUCCCUCACUGUCCUGCAACAGAUCCUUCAGCGGUUCUGGUUCUUGGGCACACGGUUCUGAAACUUUUCAGCCCACAAAAGGUGGAAAAAACUUGUGGAAUAAACGCUGCCAAAAGCUGAAACAAAUCGAGGAUCUUCGAUGAAGUCCUAAAAGAAAAAAAAAAAAAACUUGAACCUGCAGAACCAAGAGUCUGACUCGGGAGUCCGAGUCUGGUCACAGAGUUCAUCCUGUAUUUUGUGUAUUUUUAUGUUUAAUUCAGGUUCACAUUGGAGCGGAACUACAUUUAAAUAUUGUGAAAGUUUGUUUAUAUUGAAUAACUUUAAUGAAUGAAUGAUGUACAGUGAGUAAAGUGUCUUAUUUUCAAGGUCACAUUUUUGUCAGCGGUUAUGAAGGAAAAAAAGACUUUCUCAAAACUGUAGUAACUCACCUUAUUCACAUCAGGGCAGUAUUGUGCAGUGGACAAGGUUCUCUAUCUGGGUUCACAAUCCUGUCCAGGCCACACCCCCUUCAGUAGAAUUCCUUGAUUCUUUGAUUUUUCUUGGUAUUCAUGAUUCUCACAUUGCUGCUCCUGACUAAGCUUUUAAAGCCAGAUUAACUAAACAAUAAAAUAAUCCGAAUUUAAGUGGUGUUGAAGAUGAUGUGACGUUUGUGUUGCAGAGCAGAUGAUAAAAUACAUUAGCUUCAAACACAGAAUUACUGUUUUUCAGAUGGCAUACUUUAUGAGCUGAGAAAAUAUUUUUGCAAACAGUAUGCUGCCCCCUUGUGGAAAAAAGUAAAUGCCUCCUUUGCAGUGAUAUAAGAUUCUUAAAGUGUAGGUGACAC